AUGUCGGCGGUAAAAAAGAGAAACUCCAAUUCUUCGUUAAGCAAAGAAGAUGACCCGCAAGUGACGGAAAAGAUGUUGGGGAGCGGCGCCGUAGGAGGAGAGAACGGCGAGGAGACGGUGGUCUUAAAACAAAACAUCACCCUAAUGAACGGUGUGGCCAUCAUCGUGGGCACUAUCAUCGGCUCGGGCAUCUUCGUCACGCCGGCUGGCGUGGUCAAAGAGUGCGGCUCCGUGGGCUUGUCCCUGGUGGUGUGGGCUGUAUGCGGAGUUUUCUCCAUGGUGGGAGCUCUGUGUUACGCGGAGUUGGGGACCACCAUCACCAAGUCCGGAGGGGACUAUGCCUACAUCCUGGAGGUGUACGGCUCUCUACCGGCUUUCCUCAAACUCUGGAUUGAGCUGCUCAUCAUUCGGCCGUCGUCUCAAUAUAUCGUCGCCUACGUCUUUGCCACAUACCUCCUCAAGCCCCUGUUCCCUGUGUGCACUGUACCGGAGGACGGAGUCAAGCUUGUGGCCUGCCUUUGCAUCCUCUUGUUGACCUUUGUGAACUGCUACAGUGUGAAGGCAGCUACCAGGGUGCAGGACUUCUUUGCUGCAGCCAAGCUGCUGGCUCUCGGCCUGAUCAUCAUCAUUGGCUUUGUCAAGAUUGGCCAAGGUGACACAGAUUCACUUCUCCCGGAAAAUUCCUUUGAGGGCAGCCGAUACGAGUUUGGAAACAUUGGCCUGGCACUCUACAGUGGCUUAUUUGCUUAUGGUGGCUGGAAUUACUUGAAUUUUGUCACUGAGGAGAUGAUUGAGCCUUACAAAAACCUCCCUCGAGCCAUCAUUAUCUCUAUGCCAGUUGUGACAGCAGUGUAUGUUCUUACCAACCUGGCAUACUUCACCACCCUCACAACUGACGAGAUGAUCAACUCAGGAGCUGUGGCUGUGGAUUUUGGUGAUCGGCACCUAGGUGUGAUGGCAUGGAUCAUCCCAGUGUUUGUGGGAUUGUCCUGCUUUGGGUCUGUCAAUGGGUCUCUUUUCACAUCAUCAAGGUUAUUCUUUGUGGGUUCCCGGGAAGGUCACUUGCCCUGUCUGUUGUCAAUGAUCCACCCAACCUUGUUGACCCCACUCCCUUCUUUAAUAUUCACGUGUAUAAUGACACUGCUUUAUGCCUUCUCCAAUGACAUCUUCUCCGUCAUCAACUUCUUCAGUUUUUUCAACUGGCUCUGCAUCGCCAUGGCGAUCGUUGGGAUGAUGUACCUUCGUUAUAAGAAACCUGAGCUAGAAAGACCAAUUAAGGUAAAUAUCCUGUUGCCUGUGUCAUUUGUGCUGGCCUGCCUGUUCCUUAUCAUCGUAUCCUUCUGGAAGACACCAAAGGAGUGUGCAAUCGGUUUCGGUAUCAUUGCCACCGGAUUACCUGUCUACCUCUUUGGUGUGACAUGGAAAAACAAACCUAAGUGGCUCCUAAAUGGAAUCUUCUCAACCACGGCCUUCUGCCAGAAAGCAAUGCAGGUAGUGCCUUAG